GUGGGCACAGGUGGGUGGCACUGCUGGGCACAGGUAGGUGGCACUGCAGAGUGGCACAGGUGGGUGCACUGCUGGGCACAGGUGGGGGCACUGCUGGGCACAGGUGGAUGUACUGCUGGGCACAGGUGGGGGCACUGCUGGGCACAGGUGGGGGCACUGCUGGGCACGGGUGGGAACUUGCGGGUGUCACUGCUGGGCACCGAUCAUCAGGGCACUGAUCAUCAGUGCCCUGAUGAUCGGUGCCGAUCCCCGCUCUGACAACUGCCGGUUCUCGGCAGUACUUUCCUCAUGAUCUGACAGCGUGAGGAAAGUGCAGCCGAGAACCGGCACUUGCAU